GUCGAGCCAAACUCCAAUACAAACUCGAGCAGUACAGCCAACGGGUUUUAAACUCAGUGAAAAAGGGACUUUGAUUUUCAUAAUAAUAAUCUCAGGUUCAAACCCAAACGCAGGGUUUAGGGUUUAGGGUACAAGUCGUAGCCCACCUGCUUGCGUUUUUGUCUCUAUAAAAUAUGCCCUAUUAACUCCCCGCCCCAACCAGAGCACACCAUAGGCUAUACCUUUUUUGGAUGAAGUAGGAGGAUCAAACCCCAAACCAAACAGACCCAUUGGCUAUACUUUUUUCCAUAUAUAAGACCCCUCAAAUCCCAACUCUUACAUCGCAGGCAUAAUCGAAAAUCGAAAGUUAGAGCAAAACAUCAGACAAUCAAAGCCAUGGCAGAUUACUUCCCUGAAGAAGUCAUACACGAAAUCCUCCUGAGGCUGCCCAUCAAAUCUCUAAUCAAAUUCAGAGCAGUGUGCAAAUCAUGGUGGUCGCUGAUCAAAAGCCCUACCUUCAUCCACACCCACCUCAGCCGCCGCACAGCCCAAUCCAGCAACCAAAACGACGGUCACCUCGUUCUGCUAAACGCUUUACCUGAGAAAGUGGACGCUGCUUGUCAGCUUGGUGAGCUUUUCUCCUUGCACUGGGACAACCCUGAAUUUGAUGAGUACACAGAGCUUGUAAAUCCAUUCAUUUACCAUAACACAGCUUAUUUUCCCAAAAAGAUCACAUUUUUACUUGAGAAUUUCCAUGUGGUUGCCACUUUUAAUGGGCUGAUAUGCCUCGCUGCUGAUUUUGCAACAAUAAUCUGGAACCCUUCUGUUAGAAAGUUUAUGUUUUUGCCUAGGCCUAGAAUUCCUUUUCCCACAGAUUACAUCAGAAAGUUUAUGAUAGCAAGUUACGCCUUUGGCUACGAUUCGCGUACCGAUGACUAUAAGGUUUUGAGAAUUGUGAGCGACCUUUUAAGCGAAGCCCCAUGUGAGGUUGAGGUUUGGUCAUUAGCCAGGGGCUCCUGGAAGACUCUUAGUGCUGCUGUUAUUCCUGCGGACUUUAACCCUGCAGGUAUUACUCUUAGAUACAGACAAGUUUUUGUUAAUGGUGUUACUCAUUGGCAGCAAUCCUUGAAGAACGAGGGUAAUUGCAUUGUGCAGUUUGAUAUGGUCAAUGAGGUAUUUGGAAAGAUAACGGUGCCUGAUGCUUUGAAAAGAAAGAAUUGCUUUAUGUCGAGAUACGGGGAGUCCCUUGCCUUGUUUGAGACAUAUGAUGAAGUUUCAGAGGGAUUAAAUGCUAUUACUUGUAUUCACAUGUGGGUCAUGAAAGAGUUUGGUGUGCCUGAAUCAUGGACUAAAUUAAUGAGUAUAUGCUUGGAAGGAACUUUAAUUGCGCCGUUUGGUUUUAGAAGGAGUUGUGAAUUAGUGUUCAGAAUGUAUGGUGGGAUGCUUUUAUCGGUGGACUCUAAGACCAAACAAGUUAAAGAGUUUAAAACUGAUGGAUACAGGUACCACUUCAUGGAUUCUUUUGUAGAGAGUCUUGUCUUACUUGGUCAAACCAAUGCUAUUUCUUACUAAGAAGGACCAACAAAUUAGAAGUAAAGACGAGGUUGGAUUGGAUUUUGAUUAGCACUUGCCUUCACUUCCGGUUUGAUGGAAUUCAACACACCUUGCUUUUUAAACAGCCUUAAAAUACAAGGGUGCAUUUUCUGUCCCGCAAGAGCAUGAGCGUUCCUAUACUGCAGCUUUAACCGGCAGAGAAUGGGAAUGUAGGAGUUUUAUUACUGGUUAUUUGAAACUUCUUGUUGAAAUCACCAAUGUCUUUUCAGGCAAUAAACCAACUGGAGGUUGGCAUUAGCAGUAGCAGCAAAUUUGGAUCCCUGAUUCAAGAUGCGUUGCUGGUGUAUUGCGAUUCUCAAAUUUACUGUAGUACUGCUGUGGAUUGGAUCAAGGAGGUUUCUGACGGCAUCAAGGGUCUUUUUGAUGCAUAUUCAAUUUGCUCAACAAGGGUUGAUUAAGGUUGAGUGAGCUUUUAUUAGUCCUAUAUCAACUGUUGCUCCAGUAUCCGCAGUCAGUGUUGGUGGUAUUGUGGUAGAGUGCUCGAUCAACAUCGAAGCACACGAAAUGCUGACACACUACAGGCUCUGAUAUUCACUCCAAAUCAGAUUGGUUGCUGAUGGAUUUAAAAGGCAUGUGCAUUAUACUUGAAUCUUACUCUGUCUUCAAUAUAACAUGUACUUUGUAGUGAUCUCAUUGCAAUAAUUACUAGUUUCUCUUCUUUCUCUUCUUUUUUUUUCUUUUUCUAUCAGAUGUCAUCUUUCUUCUAUGUACCUAUUUAUGUACCUUGGACUCUUGAUCAGGAAAUUGAUGUAUAAUUUCAAAGAAAAUAUAUUUCUUAACCAUCUAAUGGGUUACUUA